AUGACUUUGUAUACAGCCCGAGAAGAGGAAUUGGAAAGACUCCACCAAGUCAUACUUGAUGAAAAGAAUAAACUGAUUGAAGAGAUGAAGAUUCAUAGUGAGGGGAUUGGAAAGGAUAGCCAAGCUUCAGAGACAGCACAUAACAGAAAUCAGAAGCUUCUGAAAGAUUUUCAAACAUCAGUGAAAAAUCUAAAACUAAGAGUACGGGUUGAUCCCGAUCCCUCACUUGCUAAGCUAGAGAACCAGUACUGGGCAUCUGUGGAAGAAGAACUUCCCAAGUGGGAACUGUUUCUACUGGGAAAAGCUCAACAACCUUUUGGUGUAAAGCAAAACUACAAUUCAAAGACGAAGCUGAGACUUUCCCACACUAUGGAGGCUCCAAAGAAAAAGAAUCUUCCUCCUUCUGGCUUCAGUUCAAACACCUUCCCAAGGGUUGGUCUGAGUUAG